AAAAUCUCUUCCCUUGCACCACUUUUCUCUUUUCUAUAUAUAAUAGGAGAUUUUGAUUAUACUCCUAUCACUAAGGUUGACUUAAGCAAUAAAUUAAUCAUCAAAAUAUGGGAAAGAUAACAAGGUUGUCUUUCCUCCUUAAAGUUUUAGCUUUGGCAUGCAUAUUUGGAGUUAAUGCCGAAAGUCCUUAUAGAUAUUAUGAUUGGGAAAUAACCCAUGGAAUGAUAUCCCCUCUUGGAGUUCCUCAAAGGGGAAUUCUUAUAAAUGGGCAAUUUCCCGGUCCAAAAAUUGAGUGCAACACCAAUGACAAUGUUUAUGUCACAAUUUACAACAAAUUGGAUGAACCUUUGCUUAUGACAUGGAAUGGGAUUUGGCAAAGGAAGAUGUCUUGGCAAGAUGGUGUACUUGGAACAAAUUGUCCUAUUCCUCCAAACACAAAUUGGACCUUCAAGAUGCAAGCCAAGGAUCAAAUUGGUAGCUACAUGUACUUCCCUUCCACGGGGAUGCAGCGACUUGCCGGAGCUUUUGGCGCGUUUAAUAUUAUUCGAAGAUCUGUCAUUGCCAUCCCUUAUCCUGAACCAGCCGGAGAACAUACCCUUCUAGUAGGAGACUGGUAUAACACUGACUAUAAGGAUCUCCAAAAUAGGCUAGACAAUGGCAAUGGUAUGCCCCAACCAGAUGGUUUACUCAUCAAUGGUGAUCCAAAAAACACAAUCAUAACCGGUGAAGCAGGAAAAACAUACUUAGUACGUGUAUCAAAUGUAGGCACAAUGACUUCCUUCAACAUAAGGAUUCAGGAACAUGGUCUAAAACUAGUUGAAGUUGAAGGUUCUCAUGUCCUACAAGAAGAAUAUGACUCACUUGAUGUUCAUCCAGGCCAAUCCUUAGCUUUCUUAGUUAAGCUUAAUGGUACUGUCAAGGGUUACUACAUUGUUGCGUCUACUCGUUUCGCAAGGACGGCAAUUCAGGCCACUGCAAUUCUUCGUUACAAUGGAUCCGUUGUGGGCCCAUCUCUUCCUCUACCUAUUGGGCCCACUUAUGAAGUUCAUUGGUCUAUGAAGCAAGCAAGAACUUUUAGAUGGAAUUUGACUGCAAAUGCUGCAAGGCCAAACCCUCAAGGAUCAUACCGUUAUGGAGGAAUACAAAUCACAAGAACAAUAAUCAUACAACAGUCAGUCGGAGAAAUCGAUGGGAAGCAACGUUAUGGAGUGAACAAUGUUUCAUAUAUAAACCCAGAUACACCCUUAAAACUUGCAGAUUAUUACAACAUUCCUGGUGUUUUCGACCUUAACACCAGCAGAGAUCAACCAUCACCAGGCCCUAUGGUUAAUGGAACCUCCGUUUAUGGUGUGGCUCUUCAUAAUUAUGUUGAACUUAUCUUUCAAAACAAUGAGACUACCACCCAGUCUUGGCAUCUUGACGGCCACAACUUCUUUGUUGUCGCAUUUGGUGCCAAUUCUGUAUGGAGUCCGGAUAUGAGAAGAAAAUACAAUUUGGUGGAUGCUGUUUGGAGAAGCACUGUCCAGGUUUAUAGAAAUUCAUGGACAGCAGUAUUAGUUUCACUAGAUAAUAAAGGAAUGUGGAAUUUGAGAUCAGCAAUAUGGCACAGGCGAUACUUGGGCCAAGAAGUCUAUUUCAGAGUAUGGAACAAUGAAAAUAGCCUAAAAACUGAGAACGACAUCCCUCCUGAAGCUCUCAAGUGUGGAAAGGCCGUUAAUCUUUGAUUAUUGUUAUUAUUAAUUUUGUAGAUUAUAAAAUAGGCCGAAAAAAAAAAAAGAAAAAGGGCUAGCGAGAAUCAAACCUAACAUACGUGGUAUUGUUUUUUGCUUAAUGUAAAAUCAGUUACGAGGGUGUGACUGUCGUCCAAGGAUAGGUUUUUACAUUCUCAUUAACUAUUCAAUUAAUUGUUAAAGCACUUCAAUUUAGUUCAAUUCGGCUUGUUAUUAGUUAUCAUUAAGAUUACUCUCUGUCUCUUUGUGUUUGAAUCAUAAAACUCAAAUAUGUAAGAGUUUUAUGAGUUUUAUGAAAAAAAUUAAAAAGAAAUAGGAAUUAUUAAGCAAUAAAC